AUGGAGCUUAUGGAAGCUGGAUUGAAGGAAAUUGGUGAGAAGAUGAUAGACAUGGAAACAAAGGUGUCCCGGAAGCUUGCUGAGUUAGAUGAAAAAAUGAAAUAUAUUAUGACAAAGCUUCCACCGAUGGACGAGGUGCUACUGGUUAAACCGGUUGUUGGGUUUAUGGAUGUUUUUGUGUACUAG